AGGGACUCCCCGAAACGCCAUUGGCGUUUAGCAACCAGCUUAGAGAGAGAAAGUUAACUCAACCCCCCGCCCAAUCUCUUUCUCUCUCUACACCUAUGCAGGAGCGUAUUCUCCAGUGCUAGUAAAAAUGUUUAUUCGUAACUGCUUUCAAUAGAAAUGGUACGGAGCAGAAACGAUUUUCCGGCUCAGAAAUUGACCGGCGAAGGCGUCGCCUGUUGAAACUGGGGAAUUGGUUCCACAAAGCGGAAAUUCUACUGCUUAUUACGAGUAGUUGAGCUCUCACUUUCUUGAUCGUUGUUUUGGGUAUUUGUUUGGCUUGUCGUUCGUUGUUGGGUCGUUAGCUCAAAUUGUUGACUUCAUUUUAAGCAACCUAGAGUUCCUCUCUCUCUCUACAAUUAUCUUCUAAAUCUCCUAUCUGUGGAGCUGUUUCGUGGAAUAGAAGAGUUGGAGCUGAUCUUGAAAUGGGUGCCUUGAAAAGAUUGGAUCUUUGGGGUGUGGGCGGAGGAAAUUGUGGGAUAUUUCUUAGAAUUACGUUUGGAUUGUAUUUCGCCUUUUUGUUAUUUUGUCCGGUAACUGGCCUCAGACCUUUGAGGGAGAGAUAUCAGGCUUGGGGAGACGAGUGGCUGUUUGUGAAAAAGGAUGACAAUCAAUUGGGUCCAUUUUCUGCUUGGAAUAUAACAGGGACAUAUAGAGGGUCCUGGCGAUUCCUAGAUUCGGCAAAUAUGACUACUAGAUUUCCUGACUUUAGGAAAUCCAAUGGCAAUUCUGUCCUUGAAUUGAUAAGUACACCAACAAAAAUAACUGGUGUACAUUACAUUCAGGGGGUGAUGGUUUUCCAUGAUGUUUUUGAUAAUGAACAUGAAGUUGCUGGUGCUAAAAUCCGUGUAGAAGGUGUAUAUAUUUGGCCUUUCAGACAACUCCGAAUGGUAGCUUACAGUGGCAAAGAAGGGGAGUUUGGCCAUGAAGAUGAGUAUCUGUUGUCAAAUCCUUAUCACUUGCUUGGAGUUUUUUCAUCCCAGGUGUUCCAGGAGUCUCCUCGAGAUAAAAUUUGGAAAAGGAAACACUCACCAAUUUAUGAAAUGGAAAAACAUUGUAACAUUGAAAUUGCAGCACAAAUUUCCCGAGUCUCAUCCUCCCAAAAUGAUGGAGAUCAUGAUCGAUAUCAUUUAGAAGGAUUAAUGGAAAGCCCUUCAGUAAAUGACGAUGGCGAUUGCUUCUCACCCAUCCUACUGAAUGCUUCGUCUAUCAAUAUUGAGGUUUACUACAACAAAGCGGUGAACUACACGUUGAUGGUCACCUUUGUCUCUUUCCUUCAAGUUUUAUUGCUGAUUCGGCAAAUGGAACAUAGUAACACCCAAUCAGGAGCUGCCAAAGUUUCAAUUUUGAUGAUCGGGCAACAGGCAAUCAUGGAUGCUUAUCUAUGUCUUUUGCAUCUGACUGCAGGGAUACUGGUUGAAUCCCUCUUCAAUGCUUUCGCAACUGCUGCAUUUUUCAAGUUUGUGGUUUUCUCAAUUUUCGAGAUGCGAUACCUUCUUGCUAUCUGGAAAGCAAGUAGACCUAUGAACAGUGGAGAGGGUUGGGAAGCAAUGAGACGUGAAUUGUCAGUUUUGUACAGCCGUUUCUAUGGCAUACUCUUAGGUGGCAUUUUGAUCAUGUAUGAAUUUCACAAGUUUCUGCGGCCUAUUCUUCUCCUUCUCCACUCUUUUUGGAUACCUCAAAUCAUAACUAAUGUCAUUCGUGACUCGAGAAAACCGCUGCAUCCUCAUUACAUCUUAGGAAUGACUAUUACUCGGCUAGCAAUUCCAUUGUAUAUCUUUGGCUGUCCUCACAACUUCAUGCGCAUAGAGACAGACAACAAAUGGUGUAUUUGCUUGGGUAUUUUUAUGGGAAUUCAGGCGUCAAUUCUUCUUCUGCAGCACUAUUUUGGAUCUCGGUGGUUCAUUCCACGUCAGAUUUUACCCGAGAAGUACAGCUAUUAUAGAAAGUUCGAUCAAGAUGCAGUUCAGCCUAUCGAUUGUGUUAUUUGCAUGACUAACAUCGACCUGAGUCAACGUUCCAAUGAUUGCAUGGUGACACCCUGUGAUCAUUUCUUUCAUUCUGGCUGUUUGCAAAGAUGGAUGGACAUAAAGAUGGAGUGUCCAACUUGCCGGAGGCCUCUCCCCCCGGCUUAAGUUGAUUGUAUUAUCCCGUGUUUAUAUGUAUUAAUUACCGAGCUGCUGAAACGUUGGCCACCAUUCUGUAAAGGUUGAAGGGCAAAUGUGAUUACGCUGAAGCCGGCUCUUUCACACAACAAAACUAACAUUAGAGACUGCAGGUCUGCCCUGAAUUGCUGCAAUUAUAAUGUACAAUAUACUCUUGUAAGAAUCCAUUAAAGGCAGUGCUUAUUCUUGUCCAUUUUACCUUCUUUCGACAAAUCUGUGUUUUUUACCUCUGAGAAGUGUGCAAUUCUGCUGAUCAUAGACUUGCGAUUUUUAAUCUGUAAAUCCCAGUGUAUGAUACUAUGAUUCAAGAUUCUUGAUUUACAAUUACAUACAGACUGUACAUACACUAUCAAGAUUCAAGAAGUAAUAAAUUGCUGAAAAGAUUUGUACUUUAA